AGGGGUGGGGUUGUCCCCACUCCUGUCCAGAAGGUGGCGCUACCGCACACCAAAAAGCUGCCUGCCAGCCGCCAGAAAGAGAAGAAGAACACCGUGUUGCCUUUACGGGACGCAACCAGAGUGUUAAUGGUGUCGCUUACAGCUCCACUCGGCCUCCUAACAUUUUAAGAGUCACCUUGAGCAGUCCGCCGUCACUCGGGCCGUAAUCAUGGCCGGACGGCUCCCCGUGACCGCCGUGCUGGCCACGCUUGGGGCUCGAACAGUAGCACCGCCGUCGGCAUGCGGUCGCAAGGUUCCCCUCAUGUUCGGCCGAUUUAGCAGCGGAGGUGCCAGCAAGGGACGGAUGGAGAAGGAUGCUGUGCGCAAACAGUUCCACCGAGAAGAAGAUGAAGGCUUCAUGAUGGAGGACGUGGGGGACCAGCUGGAGACAUUGCUGGCACAGAGGAAGAAGACCCGGAAGACUAUCAAGUACCACAUGAUCAAGAGGAAGAUGAUGCCUUCAGGGGCUCCGGAGAGGAAGCUGACCUGGCUAGCAAUUGAGCAGAUAAGAUAUCUCGGACAGGAGCAGCCGGGCGAGUGGUCGGUCCAGCGUCUGGCUGAAGGCUUCUCCGUCUCCCCCGAUGUGAUUGUCAGAGUGCUGAAGAGCAGGUUCAGCCCAGACCCAGACAGGAAAACCCAGCAGGAUGCUCGGGUUGUGUUGCCUUCAGGGUCCGGGGGAGAGAAGAGCGGAACGAAGAGGCACGGAGGCCGCUCAGCAGCCGUGCUCCCCCCAGGAGAUCCAAACAAUGGUCUGGUUCCCGUGGCUGCCCAUACGCUACGUGGAGACACGAGCCCGGACUCCAAGUCCUUGGCUGUAGCUUCUUCAGCUGUCGCAGGUCCGACCGCUGGCUGGACGUCUGGAAAGACCAAAGACCCCCCAGGUAGGACGCCGGCCGGAGACGACACUCGGUCCAACAAGAGCAACCCGGAAGAGGAGGACGGGUGCUGGCGUGGUCGGGUGUUGUCCGAGGAAGAGAUGGAGCAGUGGAAGACGGACAAGCCUCCGCCUGUGGUGCAAGUUGGGAAGGAUUUCUUCGAUGGCGAGGGCGGUUUCUUGUACAGAAUAUGAACACUGGUAGGGGGCGUGGUCUUGUGAUGACAACAUUUUGUUGAGUCGUGGCAAAUAAACACCUGCUUUGAACAUAAAUAGUGUCCUGUACGCAACUCCUGAUUGGAUUGGAUGAGAUGAGAUUGUCGGAUGAGCCAACAGGACGAGUUGGGAUCGUACGGAUGAAUGGAAAGCAAGGAGUCUAGCGUGAAGACGGGAACGGGGUGUUCGUGCUCCAUUUUGGCCACCCCAAUGAAACGUCUGCGGCGCCCCACUGACGGCAUAAAUUCAGCAGGUUCAUCUGGGUUGGAAUAUUGCAAAGAUCCGUUGCCUGCAUGUCC